CUCCUAGCCUAGAUCAUCAUCAUCAUAAUCUUCAUCAUCCCAAUUCAUCUUCUUUACAUUUUCUUGAGAGAAUCAGCUCUUUAUUCAUUUAUUGCUUCAAUUCCUUUCCAUUUUCACGAACAUCAUCUCCCAAUUUCACAGCUAACACUACACAUAUAUACAUGCAUAUAUAUAUAUGACUAUCAUGAGCACACAUAUACACUAGCUAGGCAAAAUCUUGGCCGAUUCUUCAUCUUCGAUUUGAUCUAUUCCUUUAUUUCCACAUCAAAGAUUGUCUUCAAUUAGGUACAGUUUUCUGUCAUCAGUCGGAAGCGCUGGGGGCGAAACACUCCAGAGAAAGCCCCGCAGCGGCGUCCGGUGCGGGACUAUGGUCUUUUCUUCGUCCUAGACCGCCUCGAUCGCACACUCUCGCUUAUCUCCCUCAAAUGGAAUACAUUAGCCGUCAUCCCGCAUCAGACAACCCCCGCCCUACCCCGGAUGCUUCUUCUGCUGUUCCGCCUCCGCAUUCUGUUGAAGAACAAGAGUAUAUUGCUAGGUAUGUGGUUGUCAAGCAUUCUUGGCGAGGACGGUAUAAGAGAAUUCUAUGCAUAUCAAACUAUUCAAUCAUUACUUUGGAACCUUCCACCCUUGCUGUUACGAAUUCGUAUGAUGUUGGAAGUGACUUUGAAGGAGCGUCUCCGAUUCUAGGAAGGGAUGAUAAUUUACAGGAAUUUAAUAUCAGUGUAAGGACUGAUGGUCGUGGCAAGUUUAAAGGAAUGAAGUUCUCGUCUAAUUACAGGGCUAGUAUUUUGACUGAGCUUCAUAGAAUAAGAUGGAAUAGGAUCAGUGCAGUUGCUGAGUUUCCUGUACUUCAUCUCCGGAGGAGGACUUCAGAAUGGGUUCCUUUCAAAUUGAAGGUUACUUAUGUUGGAGUUGAACUUCUUGAUUUGAGAUCUGGAGAUCUUCGCUGGUGUUUGGAUUUUAGAGACAUGAAUUCCCCAGCAAUUGUACUACUCUCAGAUGCUUAUGGAAAGAAAAACAACGAGCCUGGAGGUUUUGUUCUGUGUCCAUUAUAUGGAAGAAAAUCAAAAGCUUUCCAAGCCGCAUCUGGGACUUCAAAUACUGCUAUUAUUUCAAAUUUGACAAAAACUGCCAAGUCUAUUGUUGGAUUAUCUCUGGCUGUGGACAGUUCUCACUCUCUUACGCCCUCCGAAUAUCUUAAGACAAGAGCCAAGGAAGCUAUUAGAGCGGAAGAAACUCCAUCUGGGGGUUGGUCAGUUACAAGGUUGAGGUCUGCUGCUCAUGGAACUUUAAAUGUUCCUGGAAGUAAUUUGGGAAUCGGGCCAAAAGGAGGACUUGGAGAGCAGGGCGAUUCGGUAUCCCGAAAACUCAUUCUCACUAAGGUUUCACUUGUUGAAAGACGGCAUGAUAAUUAUGAGGUGGUUAUUGUCCGUCCGUUAUCUUCAGUGAGUGCCCUUGUGCGAUUUGCUGAGGAACCUCAGAUGUUUGCAUUUGAAUUUAAUGAUGGUUGCCCUAUCCACAUAUAUGCUAGCACAUCAAGGGAUAGCUUGCUUGCUGCAGUUCGGGAUGUAUUACAAUCAGAAGGUGAGUGCCCAGUACCUGUACUGCCAAGGAUAACACUACCUGGUCAUAGAAUUGAUCCACCAUGUGGCAGAGUCUAUUUACAACUUGGGAAAAUAACUAGUGGACAACAACGUACUGUUGCUGACAUGGAAAGCACAAACAUGCAUUUAAAACACCUGGCAGCUGCUGCUAAGGAUGCUGUGACCGAUGGUGGCUCUAUUGUCGGAUCUAGAGCUAAGUUGUGGCGUAGAAUAAGGGAAUUUAAUGCAUGUGUUAGUUAUGGCGGCAUGCCUGCUAACAUUGAAAUACCAGAAGUCACAUUGAUGGCCUUGAUCACAAUGCUUCCUGCUGCUCCAAACCUUCCUCCAGAUUCCCCUCCCUUGCCUCCCCCUUCACCUAAAGCAGCUGCAACAGUUAUAGGCUUCAUAGCAUGUUUGCGAAGAUUACUAACAUCUAGAAGUGCUGCCUCACAUGUCAUGUCUUAUCCUGCUGCUGUUGGGAGGAUAAUGGGUUUGCUUAGAAAUGGUUCUGAGGGAGUUGCUGCUGAAGCUGGAGGGCUUAUUGCUGUACUUAUUGGUGGUGGACCUGGAAAUAUGAAUCUAGUAACGGACACUAAAGGAGAAUGGCAUGCUACAAUUAUGCACACUAAAUCUGUUUUAUUUGCUAAUAAUAACAAUGUUGUUGUCCUUGUAAACAGACUAAAGCCUAUAUCUGUAUCACCACUAUUAUCUAUGUCUGUUGUUGAAGUUCUAGAGGCAAUGAUUUGUGAACCACAUGGGGAGACUACCCAAUAUAUAGUUUUUGUUGAGUUGUUGCGACAAGUAGCUGGUUUACGUCGUCGCUUAUUUGCAUUAUUUGGACAUCCCUCUGAUAGUGUAAGAGAGACUGUUGCUGUGAUUAUGCGGACAAUUGCAGAAGAAGAUGCAAUUGCAGCAGAAUUCAUGCGUGAUGCUGCUUUGCGUGAUGGUGCUUUGCUCCGUCAUUUGUUGCAUGCUUUUUUCCUUCCUUCUGGUGAACGCCGUGAUAUCAGUCGCCAACUUGUGGCUCUGUGGGCAGAUUCUUAUCAACCUGCUCUCAAUUUAUUGUCCAGAGUGCUUCCUCCAGGCUUGGUAGCUUAUUUACAUACCCGUUCUGAUGGGAUUGCAUUUGAUGAUACACAAAAUGUGUCAGGUCGAGAAGGAUCUUCACUAACUAGAAGACAAAGGCGAUUACUCCAACAGAGGAAGGGUCAUGUAGCACAUCUGACAUCAUCUGUUAACACCGUUGAAGCUGAUCUGGCAAGGCAGACCAAUGCUGGAGCCUUGAGAUGGCCAGAUGGUCAGCAGACACCUGCAACAGAUCCAAGUUCAGUAGUGAUUCCAGGGACUAUAUCUCAUACUGCUAAUACCAACAAUGAUUUGGCUGCUUCAGGAACACCACAAACGGGUAACUUCAUGAAUGCUUCCUCCACGAUUUUGCAGGAAUCCAGUGAAGCAAAUGCUCUAAAUCCUGUUGAUUUUGUUGAUCAAAAUAUGACUGGUGCACUAAACACAGGGAUACCUGGUCCUGCUCAGGUUGUUGUAGAGAGCACACCUGUCGGUUCUGGUAGACUACUGUGUAAUUGGCCUGAAUUUUGGCGGGCAUUUACCCUAGAUCAUAAUCGUGCAGACUUGAUCUGGAAUGAGCGGACCAGGCAGGAGUUGAGGCAGGCAUUGCAGGCAGAGGUUCAUAAUUUAGAUGUUGAGAAGGAGAGAACCGAACAUAUUGUUCCUGGAGGGACAAUUAUGCACACUGUGACAGGGGAAGAUUGUGUGCCUCAAAUAUCUUGGAAUUACUCAGAAUUCUUUGUUAACUACCCCAGUCUAUCCAAGGAAGUUUGUGUUGGUCAAUAUUAUCUGCGUUUGCUCCUUGAGAGUGGCAGCAGUGGUAGUAGGGUGCAGGAUUUUCCACUGCGUGACCCCGUUGCAUUCUUUAGAGCCUUGUAUCACCGUUUUCUAUGUGAUGCAGAUACCGGAUUGACAGUAGAUGGUGCAGUUCCUGAUGAAAUGGGAGCAUCUGAUGAUUGGUGUGAUAUGGGAAGGUUAGAUGGUUUUGGUGGAGGAGGAGGUUCUUCAGUUAGAGAGCUCUGUGCGAGGGCAAUGGCUAUAGUGUAUGAGCAGCACUUUAUAACAAUUGGUCCAUUUGAAGGCACUGCACAUAUUACAGUCUUGUUGGAUAGGACAGAUGAUAGGGCCUUAAGGCACCGAAUUCUUCUUCUAUUGAAGGUUUUAAUGAAAGAUUUAUCAAAUAUAGAAGCUUCGGUCUUAGUUGGAGGAUGUGUCCUGGCUGUUGACCUUCUGACAUCAGCUCAUGAAGCUUCAGAAAGAACCUCUAUUCCAUUGCAAUCUAAUUUGAUUGCGGCAACUGCUUUCAUGGAGCCCCUCAAGGAAUGGAUGUUUGUAGACAAAGAAGGUACGCAAGUUGGGCCAGUGGAAAAGGAUGCUAUAAGGAGAUCAUGGUCGAAGAACGCUAUUGACUGGACAACAAGGUGUUGGGCAUCUGGAAUGUCUGACUGGAAGAAAUUAAGAGAUAUACGUGAACUUCGUUGGGCACUAGCACUUAGGGUUCCUGUUCUCACUCAUACUCAGGUUGGAGAUGCAGCAUUGUCUAUAUUACACAGCAUGGUAACAGCACAUUCAGAUUUUGAUGAUGCGGGAGAACUUGUUACACCAACACCAAGAGUUAAAAGAAUCUUGUCGAGUCCUCGGUGCCUUCCACAUGUUGCACAGGCCAUGCUUACAGGAGAACCAAGUAUUGUUGAGAGUGCUGCAGCAUUAUUGAAGUUUGUUGUCACCAGAAAUCCCAAGGCAAUGAUAAAGCUGUAUAGUACAGGUGCAUUUUAUUUUGCUCUGGCAUACCCUGGUUCUAAUCUCCUCUCCAUUGCACAACUGUUCUCUGUCACUCAUGUCCAUCAAGCAUUUCAUGGUGGCGAAGAAGCUGCAGUUUCUUCUUCUUUGCCAUUGGCCAAACGUAGUGUACUGGGUGGGCUUCUUCCUGAGUCAUUGCUUUAUGUAUUGGAUCGAAGUGGUCCAGCUGCCUUUUCUGCAGCUAUGGUUUCUGAUUCUGAUACUCCAGAAAUCAUAUGGACCCACAAAAUGAGGGCAGAAAAUCUGAUUUGUCAGGUUUUGCAACACCUGGGGGAUUUCCCUCAGAAACUAUCCCAGCAUUGCCAUUGUGUAUAUGAUUAUGCUCCAAUGCCACCUGUGACAUAUCCUGAGUUGAGGGAUGAAAUGUGGUGUCACCGUUACUACCUUCAGAACUUGUGUGAUGAGAUUCGAUUUCCAAAAUGGCCAAUAGUGGAACAUGUUGAGUUCCUACAGUCCUUGUUGGUAAUGUGGCGUGAAGAAUUGACGCGAAGACCUAUGGAUCUAUCCGAGGAAGAAGCCUGCAGAAUCUUGGAAAUAUCCUUAGAUGAUGUGUCCAAAGAUGACUCUAAGAAUGCUGUAGAACUGACUGAAGAGACUCCUGGCAUAUCAAAGCAGAUUGAGAAUAUAGAUGAAGAAAAACUUAAAAGGCAAUAUCGAAAACUUGCAAUGAAAUACCAUCCUGACAAAAACCCUGAGGGAAGAGAGAAAUUUCUUGCUGUGCAAAAAGCUUAUGAACGUCUGCAGGCUACCAUGCAGGGCUUACAAGGUCCCCAGCCUUGGAGAUUACUUCUUCUAUUGAAGGGACAAUGCAUCCUGUACAGACGGUAUGGGGAUGUAUUAGAACCAUUUAAAUAUGCUGGGUAUCCAAUGUUAUUGAAUGCAGUCACAGUGGACAAGGAUGACAAUAAUUUCCUUUCAUCUGAUAGAGCACCUCUACUGAUUGCUGCUUCAGAGCUGCUUUGGUUGACGUGUGCAUCUUCUUCACUAAAUGGUGAAGAGUUUGUAAGAGAUGGCGGAAUACAACUGCUUGCUAAUCUGCUUUCCAGGUGCAUGUAUGUGGUUCAGCCUAGGACUCAUGCUACUGAACCUUCAGCUAUUAUUGUUACAAAUGUGAUGCGAACGUUUUCUGUUCUGAGUCAGUUUGAAAGUGCCAGAAAUGAGAUACUUGAGUUCUCUGGACUGAUAGAGGAUAUUGUACACUGCACUGAACUUGAACUUGUAGCUGCUGCUGUUGAUGCUGCACUUGAGACUAUUGCAAAAGUUUCAAUCUCCUCAGAGCUGCAGGCAGCCUUACUAAAGGCUGGUAUUCUAUGGUACCUUGUGCCGUUGUUGUUUCAAUACGAUUCUACUGCAGAAGACUCUGAUGUGAAGGAAACCCAUGGUGUUGGAGCUAGUGUUCAAGUUGCCAAGAACUUGCAUGCUGUUCUGGCAUCUCAAGCAUUGUCAAGGCUUAGUGGUUUGGCCCCGGAGGAGAACUUAACACCCUAUAAUCAGGUUGCUGCUGAUGCUUUGAGAAAUUUGCUGACCCCUAAACUUUCAAGCAUGCUGAAAGAUCCCAUACCAAAAGAGUUCCUCUCAAAAUUGAAUGCAAACUUGGAGAUGCCAGAGAUUAUAUGGAACUCUUCAACACGGACAGAAUUAUUAAAACUUGUGGAUCAGCAGCGUGCAAACCAAGGUCCAGAUGGCUCAUACGAUCUAAAAGAUGCAGAAUCUUUUAUGUUUGAAGCAUUAGCAAAAGAACUAUUUGUUGGUAAUGUUUAUUUGAGAGUCUACAAUGAUCAGCCAGAUUCAGAAAUUACUGAGCCAGAAGCUUUCUGCUUAGCUCUGGUUGAUUUCAUAUCAAUAUUGGUCCACAGCCACUUGACUACCAGUUCAGAUGCUCGGAACCUUCAGUGUAGUGACGUUGAUACCUCAAAUAAUGGGAAGCAUGUUUCUGAUGAUUCUCUGGCACAAUUUGAUGAUGGAAUGAUGAACAAGGAGGAUCCAAAACUUAUUAAGAAACUUGAAUUUGGAUUGACCUCUCUCCAGAACUUGCUGAUAACCAAUCCAAGUUUGGCAUCUGUAUUCACUACCAAAGAAAAGUUAUUGCCUCUUUUUGAAUGUUUUUCUGUAACGGUUACGUCAAAGCGCGACAUUCCUCAGCUUACUUUGGAAGUGUUCUCUCUGUUGACUACACACGCCCCUUGUUUGGAAGCCAUGGUUGCUGAUGGGUCGAGUCUGUUGCUUCUGCUACAAAUGCUUCACUCUUCGCCUAAUUGUCGUGAAGGCGUACUUCAUGUUCUCUAUGCCUUGGCAAGCACACCAGAACUAGCAUGGGCAGCAGCCAAACAUGGUGGAGUGGUCUACAUUCUUCAGCUUCUCCUUCCCAUGCAAGAGGAAAUUCCUGUACAACAAAGAGCAGAAGCUGCUUCUUUGCUUGGGAAGCUUGUUGGGCAACCAAUGCAUGGACCAAGAGUGGCGAUAACACUAGCAAGAUUUUUGCCAGAUGGUCUGGUUUCUAUUAUUAGGGAUGGUCCUGGCGAAGCUGUUGUAGUUGUCCUUGAUCAAACUACAGAGACUCCUGAGCUUGUAUGGACACCAGCAAUGGCAGCUUCUUUGUCUGCACAAAUUGCUACAAUGGCAUCAGACAUAUAUCGUGAGCAGAUGAAAGGCCGUGUAGUUGAUUGGGAUGUACCGGAACAGGCAUCUGGCCAACAGGAAAUGAGAGAUGAACCUCAGGUGGGUGGAAUUUAUGUGAGACUGUUCUUGAAAGAUCCCCAGUUUCCUCUUAGGAACCCUAAGAAGUUUUUGGAAGGGCUGUUGGAUCAGUAUCUAUCUUCUAUUGCUGCAACGCAUUUUGAUCAGGCCGUUGAUUCUGAGUUGGCUCUACUUCUUUCUGCUGCAUUGGUUUCACUAUUGCGGGUACACCCUGCUCUUGCAGAUCAUGUAGGGUAUCUUGGAUAUGUUCCGAAACUUGUGACUGCAGUAGCCUAUGAAGGAAGAAGGGAAACAAUGUCCACUGAAGAGACUAUGAAUAAUGGGCAUUAUGCAGAUGAAACAUAUCAAACUGAUGAUAGUCAAACUAGGCCGAGCUCACCAACUCCUCAAGAACGUGUUCGUCUUAGUUGCCUACGAGUCCUGCAUCAACUUGCAGCAAGUACAACAUGCGCUGAAGCUAUGGCUGCUACUAGUGUAGGAACACCUCAGGUUGUUCCUCUUCUAAUGAAAGCUAUUGGGUGGCCUGGUGGAAGUAUACUGGCUCUGGAGACACUAAAAAGAGUUGUAGUUGCUGGAAACCGAGCUAGAGAUGCCCUUGUUGCCCAAGGACUUAAAGCUGGUCUUGUUGAGGUGCUUCUUGCCCUUCUUGAUUGGAGGGCUGGAGGAAGAAGUGGUCUUUGCUCACAGAUGAAGUGGAGUGAAUCUGAAGCAUCCAUUGGCCGUGUUCUUGCUAUCGAGGUUUUACACGCGUUUAAAACAGAUGGAGCCCAUUGUGCUAAAGUGCGAGAAAUAUUGAAUGCUUCUGAUGUAUGGGCAGCUUAUAAAGAUCAAAAACACGAUCUUUUUCUUCCAUCGAAUGCACAGUCAUCUGCAGCUGGAGUUGCAGGUCUAAUAGAGAAUUCAUCAUCCGGGCUUACCUAUGCCCUAACAGCUCCUACUACUACUACUUCUACUAGCUUAUCAAGGUCACCACCUCCAUCAGCAAUUGCUUAUGAUUUUAAUUUUAAUAAUGGAAAAUCGGAUCUGUGAAAACAGAGACAAUAAUAUAUAAAUAAAUACUAUCUUAAUAUACUGCAGAUAGAUGAAAAUUGUGUUCUUCUUCAUCAUAUACUAUUAGGGUUUUUUUACAUAUAUUUCACUCGUCUGUAUAGACUAUAGAGCAUUGUUGUACAGUGAUUCAUUUUUUUUAUUAUAUUUUUGUUUUCUCAUAGUC